CUUUCAUUCAUCCAUCCAUCCAUCUAUCCAUCCCUUCAAUCAAUCCUUCUGUUCCAUGUCUACAUGUCUACACGACCCGACGCAUUAGUCUAUCACAUCCAGCCCCGACCUCCACAACCAUCCAACCAUCCAACCAUUCUUACUCGGGCACACGGCCUGGUCGCUUGGAUGCUGCCACUGCCGCCAGUCACAGCCCACCGACUAACCCAGCCACAAUACCCCGGAAUGCAAGUCUAAACUCAACCCCAACCCCAGAACAGCAAGUGACACGGGUUAACCCCCGGUUAAGCCAGACGGGACGGUGAAGGGUAGGCAACGGAGGAAUAACAACGACAAGGAGGGGCAAAUAGCAACGGCAACUGAUUCUCAGCCGACCACAAUUCGUGGUAAACCUCGGACGGGCUUCCCAUCUCUCGUUUUCGUGCCCCGGAUUUGAGUCCUCUCG